AUGGCAACCACAUUCGACUUGACAAAAGCGUCUGCGUUACCCGCCGACGCCUACGCCAUCAUACCAAAGGGCUAUCAAGCCAAGGUUCUCAUUCGAAGAUUUACUGAUUCGCUACCUGGGGAUAACGAGCUUGAAAUAUCUGCGAAGGAGGCACAGGCUGAAAUUGACAAGACAGAACGAGAACGUCACCUGGAGCGGCUGUACUCUAACGUGGAUGACAAUAAUAAUAGUCAUUUCUACCCAGCUGCACUUGCGAAAGACGAGCUACAAAAGACCCUGUCAACGCUACGCGAAAACGUCACCCAAAAUGAGCAAAAGUUGGCGAAAAGAUUAUUCCGUAGUUCAGCCGACAAAAAGGCAGUCGACGCGCUUCAUACAUCUUUAUCGGGAAGUGAUUUCGCGGGCUUACAGUCACAAAUGGAAAGGUUGAAGAGUAGGUGGGAUAAAGGUCAUGGGAAGGCCGCCCAUAAUAACAGAGAGAUCUCUGAGACUUUACUUAGCUCCGUUGCCGAGAUUUCCGAGAAAGUCUCACGGUGCUCAGCAUGGCUGUGGAUUUUCCAAACUCGAGAAGUGAAAAGACUCUUAGCAGGAAUCUAUGCUAAAAUGUUUGAAUUCUUCCACGGGGCGAUGAAAUGGUUUCUUGAUUCCCGAUUUGGGAGAUUCUUCAAAUCAUUUGAUGAGUCAAUUAAGGAAGGCUUUGACGCUGCCAAAGACAGUAUAGAGACUCAAGUCGAGGAAUUAUAUCGCCAGGCUCAUAUCGCUUCAAGUGCUGAGGCACGAUGUGCUGAAGUGCGUCGGCAGCGUGAAGCGACAACAAAUAAAUCAUCCGCCUCUGGCCAUUUAGUGAUUCUCUGUCUGGAAGCAACACUUGAGAGGGUCCAUUCUGAAAGGUUGACCUUGGAUCCCGAUAAUAUCUUGGAGCCCGGUAGCUUGCUUCAAUCAGUUCCACACAGCGGUAAUAUUGAGCCUGCGAUUCGGCCCGCCGAGGGCGGCAUCACCCGUCAAAAAUUAAGAGAAUAUGAGCAAUAUUUACGACGUUUCAUCGUCGGGAAUGAAGGUCAGGAUCUACUGAGCUCGGCAGUCUUUUGGCGCGCCGAUGAUCUCGUACUUUUCAGGUGGCGUGCUUGGAUUAUGAAAGAUACCCAAUCAAGCACACUCUGGGUAUCAAGUCAACCUGAACUUAACGGAGUAACAAGCGCAAAAGCUCUAGCGUUUUCCACGAUUCUCGCAAGCUGGCAAGCGGAAAUGCCGGUGAUUUCCCACUUUUGCAGCCGGGCCCGCGAGGAUGAGGUGCACGACGGGAUGAGCAAAGGGCAAGUCGGUCUUCUAGGACUGGUAUAUAGUCUGAUCUGCCAGCUUAUUCAGUUUAAUCAGGGCGAUGAAGUAUUGGACAUACGGGAAAGUGUCGAAGCCUUGGAUGGACGGAGCGAGAGCUGGAGUGCAAGUCUUGAUGUGCUCAAGGCUCUACUGGACCGGAUGCCUCCGAGGUUCUUGUGUGUCAUUCAUGGCCUGAAUAAUCUGGAAUGGGGAGAGCAGGAACCUAUGUGCCGACAGGUCAUUGAAAUUCUGUUGGCCUGCCAGAAGAAAAGCGGAGUUGUUCUUAGUCUUCUCAUUACCACAGACGGACAAUCCCGACUUCUAGCAUCCCUUGUGAGCAUGGAAGACAGAUGUCUCUCAGACAAGAAGGCCAAAGAAAUUGUCGGUGGAAAUGGUUUCAGUGCACUUUGA